CUCGUCUGUGCUAGCUAGUUGUUUUGGUGGAUUGGAAGUAGAGGGGAGGACCGUAGCUGGCAACAUUUCUGAGGAUUGUAUGUUGCUGGUUCUCGGCCGUCGGGUUUCGCUGUCAUUCGUAAAACGAGUCAAUCCCCAAGAUCCAGUUUUGUUCUCGAAGCCCAUUUUGCUAAAUUUCAGAACUAAUAUAUUCAGAGUAAUACACAGCAGCACCGUCUUCGCAAGCGUUACCAGAUCAAAUUAUACAGACACCAUGCCUGAAAGGAGGCCCUUCGUACGGUUGCCCACUGACGUCUAUCCUGUUAACUACGGGUUGAGCUUGAAGCCCGACCUCAUCGACUUUACUUUCGAGGGCAAGCUAGAGGCGAUUGUAGAGGUCACACUGGCUACAAAUCAAAUAGUUAUGAACUGUGCUGACAUCGACAUCAUUACAGCAUCCUUUGUACCAGAGGGAGCGGAAGGUGAGGAAAUCAACGCUACGGGAUUCAACUAUCAAAAUGAGGACGAGAAAGUCACCCUGUCCUUCCCUAGUGCUCUUCAGAAAGGGUCUGGUACGUUGAAGAUUGACUUUGUGGGGGAGCUGAACGACAAAAUGAAAGGUUUCUACAGAAGUAAAUAUGCAAAUCCUUCAGGAGAAAUCCGUUAUGCUGCUGUCACACAGUUUGAGGCCACGGACGCUCGCCGGGCUUUCCCCUGUUGGGACGAGCCAGCUAUCAAAGCCACCUUUGACAUCUCUCUGAUAGUUCCCAAGGACCGAGUAGCCUUGUCAAAUAUGAAUGUCCUCGAUCGAAAGCCAUAUCCUGAAGAUGACAGCCUUGUGGAAGUGAAGUUUGCCACUACUCCCAUCAUGUCCACGUACCUUGUAGCAUUUGUCAUUGGCGAAUAUGACUUUGUAGAGGCCCAAUCAUCGGAUGGAGUGACAGUACGCGUCUACACGCCCACAGGAAAGGCGGAACAAGGGAAAUUUGCGCUGGAGGUUGCUGUAAAGACAUUACCUUUCUACAAAGACUACUUCAGUGUACCUUACCCUUUGCCUAAAAUUGAUCUGAUAGCUAUUGCUGACUUUGCUGCUGGUGCCAUGGAAAACUGGGGCCUUGUUACCUACAGGGAGACAGCGCUGCUGAUUGACCCGAGGAACUCGUGCUCUUCAUCACGGCAGUGGGUGGCACUGGUGGUGGGACAUGAGCUGGCCCACCAGUGGUUUGGAAAUUUGGUCACCAUGGAGUGGUGGACCCAUCUUUGGCUCAACGAGGGAUUUGCGUCCUGGAUCGAGUACCUCUGUGUGGACCACUGCUUUCCCGAGUACGACAUAUGGACACAGUUUGUGUCGGCCGACUACACUCGCGCCCUGGACCUGGACGCGUUGGACAAUAGUCAUCCCAUCGAGGUGAACGUGGGCCACCCGUCCGAAGUAGACGAGAUUUUUGAUGCCAUAUCGUACAGCAAAGGCGCGUCCGUGAUUCGUAUGCUGCACAACUACAUAGGAGACGAGGACUUUAGGAAAGGAAUGCAUUCUUACCUGUUGAAGUUUCAACAUAAGAACGCAGCUACAGAGGACUUGUGGGACUGUCUGGAACAGGCUAGCGGGAAACCCAUCGCCCAGGUGAUGAGCUCUUGGACCAAACAGAUGGGCUUCCCUAUAAUUGUAGUGAACCAAGAGCAGCAAGGGGAUGACCGCAUCCUCAAGAUAUCUCAAAAGAAAUUCUGUGCCAGUGGACCACAUGAGGGCGAGGACUGCCCUAACUGGAUGGUACCUGUUAGCAUCUGUACGAGCGAGGACCCAGGCUGCACCAAGCUCAAGGUGCUGCUGGACAGCCCGGAGACCACAAUCACCAUCAACAACGUCAGCCCUGACCAGUGGGUCAAGAUUAACCCAGGCACGGUGGGCUUCUACAGGAUCCAGUACAGCUCAGCCAUGUUGGAGAGCCUGCUGCCUGGGGUCAGGGACCUCACCCUGCUGCCGGUGGACCGACUGGGCCUGCAGAAUGACCUCUUCUCUCUGGCGCGUGCCGGCAUGAUCAGCACGGUGGAGGUGCUGAAGCUGAUGGAGGCCUUCGUCAACGAGCCCAACUACACUGUAUGGAGCGAUCUGAGCUGCAACCUGGGAGUGCUCUCCUCUCUCCUUUCCCACACAGACUAUCACGAGGAGAUCCAGGAGUUCAUUCGAGACCUGUUCACCCCCAUCGGCCUCAAGCUGGGCUGGGAAUGCAAGCAGGGCGAAGGUGAGCCCCCAGGGGCUGGUGGUCACUUGGAUGCCUUGCUAAGGGGCCUGGUUCUGGGGAAGCUAGGGAAGGCCGGUCACAAGCCCACACUUGAGGAGGCCCGGCGGAGAUUCAAAGACCACGUGGAAGGCAAGCAGAUCCUCUCUGCAGACCUCAGGAGUCCAGUGUACUUAACGGUGCUCAAGCAUGGAGACAGUGCCACGUUGGAAACCAUGCUGAAGCUUCACAAACAAGCCGACAUGCAGGAGGAGAAGAACCGCAUAGAGCGAGUGCUGGGAGCCAUCUCUGCUCCUGACCUCAUCCAGAAAGUCCUCACCUUUGCCCUCUCGGAGGAGGUGCGUCCCCAGGACACGGUGUCAGUAAUCGGGGGCGUAGCCGGGAGCAGUAAACACGGACGGAAAGCCGCCUGGAAGUUUGUCAAGGACAACUGGGAAGAGCUUCACAACCGCUACCAGGGUGGCUUCCUCAUAUCAAGGCUAAUCAAGCUCUCUGUGGAUGGAUUUGCCAUUGACAAAAUGGCUGCUGAAGUAAAGAGUUUCUUCGAGAGCCACCACGCGCCGGCAGCCGAGCGCACGGUCCAGCAGUGCUGUGAGAACAUUCUCCUCAACGCCGCCUGGCUCAAGCGUGACGCUGAUGACAUCCACCAGUAUUUACUGCAGCGCAAAGCUCCCCCGGUCUGAACAACUUCAAUCCCCCCCACCCCCCCGAACCCUCCCCCUUCCAGCGCGGACCUCCCAGCAUCAUGGCUGCCUCAGCCCUCCCUUUGCAGAGACGGAGAGCGGGCAUACUCGAAGCAGGCUUUAUUUCUCUAAAAAAAUUAAAAUACAAAAGACGACGUCAACAAGCAAGCCAAGAAUUUAAUCAAGCGUUGAAAAAAAGAGACCAUUAUACAUAAAUAACAAAGCAAAUUCAUUUUAAGCUGACAAGGAAUGUAGUUAUCCCCAUUCUGCCCUAUAGGAUGACAACACAUGAGUUUCCUUUCCAGGCUUUUAACAUAUAUUAACCGCUUUCCACUUGUGGGUCUCGAAUGACACUCUAUUCCCGAUGUAGCGCACCCCUUUUGACUAUGGCCCUGGGUCUAGUCAGUGCUUCAUGUGAGUAAUAAGGUGCCAUUCUGAGUGCAUGCGCUCAAUCUAUAUGACACUCCCAUACACUUUACAGCACGCUGAACAUAAACCUUUGCCUAUACAACCACACCCUGCAUCUUAGUUUGGAAACUGUGAAUUUUUUUUUUCUUCUCUCCACCUAAUCCAAUGAAAAAGCAUGAGUUUUACGAUAAAUCCUGUGUUGCUGUCUUUUUGUUUACGUUUGUUAAAAAAAAAAAAUCCUCAGUGUUUCACUGUUACUGGUUUUUACCCAGCAAACGAUGUGAUUGGUAAAGAACAAUGCAUCUGGGCAGUUUGGGGUUAAUAUAGUACGCCGUUCUGUUGGCAGUUGUUAAAUUAACUCAAAAGCAAUGGCACUGGUCUCCAUCGCUAAUAACGGUUAGGACAGAAGGCCAUCAGCGCUAGCAUGGUACUACAUGUAUACUGUAUUAUACAUACAGAGCAUUCUUACAAAGACGUUCCACAAAAUUGACUAGCGAUGUUCAUGGUUACCAUACCUGCCCAUCCCUCCCUCCCACCAUCAACAUAUCCAGGCAUUAAAUACAUACCAUCCCCACAUCAGUCCCCCCCCCCAACCCCCCUCCUCAAUUGCCUGUAUUUUCAGCCCUUUGUAGAGUCACAGAAAAUAUGUAUAGUAUGGCAAAUGACAAACAUGCAUAUUUAAAAUGUCUUUAUCUUCCAUGUUAUAAAAAAAAAAGAUGACAUCUUUUCGACAAAUCUGUUUUUAUAAGAUCUACAGUAGAUGCAGUGAUUUAUUUUAAUGUUGCGAAAAACGUGCAUUCGUUCUAAAUAAUUUGUCAAAGAAAACACCUGCUUGGGCCUUUAGUUCAGUAAACACCCAGGAAAACGGCCAUUUCAGGGGUUAGUGUUAAAUCGUAAUGAUAUACUGGCCCAGUCUGAACAUGGAACAUGAAGUGAUAGGAUUUACUUAACACUGCUAUUGAUCUCCGAAGCCUUAAAUUGGUAAAGUGGUUUGCAAUAAUUAUUACACUGAAGUGGUGAUAGUCAGUGAGUCUACUGCAAAGUAAAGAUGUUGUUUCUAACAUGACAGAUCUACACAUAGACUUGUUGAACGAGUAUAUCUAUCUAUAUAGAAUUUACAAUUUGAUGUGGCUUUGAAAACAUUUACCAGAGAAGAUCAUCAAUCGAAAAAUUGUCAGACUCUUUCCCUGGAAUAUAUGUUGUGCUUUUUGUUAAAAUACAGUUGGUGUUCAUUAAAGUAAAAAAAAAAAAAAAAGAAUAUAAAA